GGUCCAGAGGAUUGCACGCCUCCUUUAGGCUACGGGAUUAGAAGGAAAGGCACGCUGUGUUUGACUUUCUCUAUUUGCCCGGUCUUUGAAUUUAUUUUUUAUUUUUCUGGAUCGUGAUCCUGCAAUACAAUGGCGUUGAUGGGGAUACAGCUUGUGUUCUCCUUGUUCGUGGCCAGCAUCUUUCAGAAGAUGGCACCCCACUGGUCCUUCGCCCGAUGGCUCCUUUGCAACGGAAGCUUGCAUCGCUACAAACAUCCUUCAGAAGAGGAGUUACUUGCCCUGGCUGGGAAGCAGAAGCCGAAGAGUAAGCGGGACAGCCGGAGGAUCAACGGGAUGACCGAUGGGAAACCUUCGACAGUUCCCCGAGAUAUUGAUUUGCAACUGGAGACUAGCCCUAUCCGGACAGUGGAUGCUCUGGUUCUAUGCUAUUUCCUGGAAUAUCAGUGGUACGUGGACUUCGCAGGAUACUCCACUCUGGUCUACCUUUUCACUGAAGGCUACUAUUGCCUCAUUGAUCCCCAGAAAGAAACCAACAUUGGAAUCCUCUGGUGUCUUCUGACAGCUGUAUUCUCCAUCAAAAUAUUUGUCAUGGUGAUGCGUCACUAUUUCCGCUCCAAGGAAGGGGGUGAGCGCUCUGUCUGCCUCUCCUUUGCCUUCCUCUUCCUCCUGAUUGCAAUGGUGGUUUUGGUGGUCCGGGAAGAUUACCUUGAAUUUGGGCUCAAUGCAGGACUAACCAGCGUCCAUAACAAUUUGGAGGUCUUCUUCAUGGACCAAGGAUGGGAAUGGAUGAUCCCGGUGACAAGACUCGGAAUUAAAGUGGGCCUUGUGGGCAUCUGUUCGUUCAUUGGUGCCUGCUUGACCUUCCCGGGCCUACGGCUGGCCCAGACUCAGUUGGAUGCGCUCAAAAUGGUGGCCAACCAACCAAAGAUCCAACUCCUCCUGCAUGCCAGUUUUCUUGCUCCCGUGAUCGUGGUUCUGAUGUGGAUCAAGCCCAUUGCGCGAGAUCUCCUGCUGCAGGCCCCCAUGGGCAAGGAAACGGUCCAGAUCAUGUCGGACACCACCUAUAAUUCUGUACGCCUCUGGACGAUUGUGGUGCUCUGUGUGCUACGCCUGGCUGUCACCCGCUACCAUCUCCAGGCGUACCUGAAUCUGGCUGAGCGCUGGGUGGAGCAAAUGAAACGGGAGGCCGGCCGGAUCACCGUGCUGGAGAUUCAGCAGAAGAUCACCAGAAUCUACUGCUACGUAACAGUGGUCAGCCUCCAAUACCUGGCGCCAAUCUUUCUCACCCUGCACUGCACCCUCAUCCUCAAAACUCUUGGUAAAGGAUUCUCCAGUCACGGAAGUGUCUACAGCAGCUUUGCGGUUUGGUGGACCAAGUGA